ACAGAAUGAUGAUGGAUUAGAUAUUUCUAUUCAAAAACUAUAACGUGUGGCUGCAAAUCGAUUCACCGCUUCAGACUCUGUUUUAGACCAAAGUCGAGUGAGUGCUUUCAUCUUCUUCUUAAGCAUCUAUGGCCGCGUCUCUAACAUCUCUUCCGACCGGUUUUUGUCUUAGCCAUGGUGAUGAAUGUUGCAACCGUUCACCUACCAAAUCACCAUUUCCAGGCCAUCAUCCUCUGGCUGGGAGGAGGAAGGGUCACUUGCUCCAUUACGAACGUAGUACAGUGAGGAGAUUGGUUGUGACGGCGGCGACGGAGGGAUCUAAAAAAUCUAAAGAAAGUGAACCGUCUUGGGCGAAUCCUGACUCAGAUGAGCCACCUCCUUGGGCUAGAAACGAAGGUCGUUCUUCUACGUCCCAAGAGAGCUUUGAGGUUCCUUUCUUUGUUUAUCUGCUAGCUUCCGCGAUUACUGCCAUUGCUGCUAUUGGUUCUGUUUUCGAGUACACAAGCAAGAAUCCAGUUUUCGGGAUCUUGGAAUCUGACAGCAUCUUUUAUACUCCUGUGCUUGGAUUCUUUGCUCUUACUGGAAUCCCCACUUCUGUGUUCCUAUGGUUCAAAUCCGUUGAAGCUGCUAAUAAGGAAGCUCAAGAACAAGAUAAAAGAGAUGGCUUUCUUUAAAAUCCUUUUGUGUGAUUCUGCAACUCAUACAGUGAUGAUUGUUGUCUCCACAUAUACUUUGAAUAUAAUUCUGCAUUUACAAAGGAGCUUGCUUCUGUUCACUGUUUAUCACCCGCUAGAUUUUGUUUGUAAUUUCAACAAUAUGCCAUGUUCCAACGAGUAAGUGCCUGAAAUUCGAUGAUCAGCUGUCCUCUCUUUUAUUUGCCCCUGUGAAAGAUAUGAAUCCACAAAGAAUUCGAUAUGCCAUCCUGCGGUUUGAAUGUCUGAAGCUGAUGGUAAUGUCACCAUUUGUUCAAUGAGUUGAUAUUCAGAUCAACAAUUUGUUCUGGAAAGACAUUGCCUGCUUUCAUUUGUUGGUAGGAGAUUGGAGUCAAAAUAUCAGUUGAAAGUUAAUUCCUUGGCGCUUGAAGAUUGUGCUUGAGCAGAGGCUGUUUCCGGGGAAUGAUCACAUACAAAAUCAUGUGUUUAAUUGGUUUGUCUAUGAAUGUAUUUUCAGUUGAAUAUAAGUCGAGCUCUAGGCUCAAUUUAGC